AACAGCUUUGGCAAAUUGCUAGAAGGAGACGAUUACUGUUGUGGUAUUAUUUCAAUGGCAUCAAUCCUACCCGUAUCAUUUAAAAUAUUUAUCUGUGGGUGACUUGCGUAAUUUUAAAAAAUUUUUAUAACAAAGAAAAAAAGACAAUGGACAAAUUGCCGUAUAGAUUGAGCUGCACAUUAGUUGGGCACAGUGAAGAUGUCCGUGCAAUUUCAGCCUUUGAAAAUGGAACAAUUGUAUCUGCAUCUCGGGAUAAAACUGCACGUGUAUGGAUACCUAACCGAGAUGAUUUUGACUUCAGUCUAUCAGCUACUUUGCAAGGGCAUACCAAUUUCGUGAGCUCAGUAUGUGUAUUAAAUCCAACGGAUAAAUAUCCAAAUAGUUUAAUAAUAACUGGUAGUAAUGACCAUUAUAUUUGUAUAUAUAAACUCGGGGAAACUGAGCCCAUGAAAAAAAUAAAGGCGCACGCAGACACAGUUUGUAAUUUACGGAUAGGCAUUGAGGAAGGCACAUUUUUAUCAAGCUCAUGGGACAUGAGUGCUAAAUUAUGGAGCCUUGAUAAUGUAGAGGAGCCAUUGCUGACUCUGCAUGGUCACUCAUUAGCAAUCUGGUGCGUUGCUGACUUGCCGAACAAGGCAAUAGUUACGGGGUCGGCAGAUAAAAAUGUCAUUGUUUGGAGCCGUGACGGGACACAAGUUCAUAAACUUGAAGGUCACACUGACUGUGUCCGUGAUAUCGCGGCAAUAAAAGCUGAUGAGUUUUUGACCUGUGCAAAUGACGCGACUAUCAGACACUGGAAUGCUAUCACUGGUGGUAGUCUGGGUAUUUACUAUGGACAUGAGAACUAUAUCUAUAGUAUUUCAGCGACCUUUGACGGUAGUCUCGUUGUGAGCUCGAGCGAAGACAAAUCAAUAAGAGUUUGGAAAAAUGGGAAAGUUGAUCAAACGAUAAUGGUACCAACCACGUCAGUUUGGUGCGUUGAGUUGCUGCCGAAUGGUGACAUCGUUUCGGGUUCAUCGGACGGAAUUAUCAGAAUAUUUUCCUCAGAUUCAUCACGUUGGGCGAGUCCGGAAAUAAUGAAAGUUUAUGAAGCUCAAAUAAUUGAUGACCAAGCUAAAACACAAAAAGAACUUGGCAGUGUUAAGAUAAAUGAGCUGCCGACGAUGAGUGCACUGGCGCAACCAGGAACCAGAGACGGUCAGACCAAAAUGAUCAAUGAAGGCGGUAAAGCUAUCGCUUAUUCGUGGUCGGCGAGCGAGCAGCAAUGGGUGAAAGUCGGCGAUGUCGUUGGAGCCGUUAAUAAUGACUCGCAAAAGCAACUUUACGAGGGCAAAGAGUAUGACUAUGUGUUCUCGAUUGACAUUCAGGAUGGAGUACCCCCACUCAAGUUGCCUUACAAUAAAACUGAAGAUCCUUGGCAUGUCGCACAAACGUUUAUUCACAAAAAUGGACUCAGCCAAAUGUUCUUAGAUCAGAUUGCAAACUUUAUAGUAAAAAAUUCUGAUAGUACACCAUCAUUUAAUCCAAGUUCAUCAUACGCGGAUCCGUUUACUGGAGGUAAUCGUUACAUACCUGGAUCAGGAUUGCCAAAUGCGCCAGUAGCACAAGCGGAUCCUUUGACUGGUGGUAAUCGAUAUAUACCUGGAUCAGGAUUACCCAACGCACCAGGAGUACAAGCAUCAACUUCGAAUCCAGAUCCUUUUACUGGUAGUAAUAGUUACGUACCUCAAACCAGCUUUAGUUUGUCAUCCCGCGAGGCGAUGCCUGCAUCAGCAUCUUCAUCGUCAUCAUCAUCUAGCGUUUCCACACUCUCUUACAUACCGCAUAAAAGUUAUUUGAAGCUUGAGCAAGCUAAUUAUGCUGCCAUACUAGAAAAAAUAAAAGAGUUCAAUAGUCAACUAGGAGAAUGUUUGCAACGGAUACCUGACGCUAAAUUGGAAGCUGUAGUUAAUGUAGCUAGAGGCCAAGUUCAACAAGCUGACGCUGAAACCAACAGUACUCUUUGGACACUUCUUGAGUGGCCCAACGAAUUUGUGUUCCCAGUGUUAGAUAUUGCUCGAUUAGCUGUUUUACAAAAGUCACCAAAUGAUAAUCUCUGCAAUGACAACUUGGUCCCAGUUAUUAAACGUCACCUCUCACCUGACGCAGUAGCGGCAAAUCAAAUGCUUAUUUUCCGACUACUAGCUAAUAUGUUUAAUCACGAAUCGGGUGAAAAGUUCGGUCUCCAGUAUGCAGAAUCUGUAUUAGAUGUGUUGCUCAAACUUUCCUCGCUCGGCAGUAAACAUAAUCAGGUUGCAAUUGCUACGUACAUCUUGAAUUUAACAGUAGCAUUAAAUAAUAAAUCAGAUGACUUAUCAAGUCGUCUUAGAAUACUUGCUUUAAUGACAGUACUUUUGGAUAAAUUAAAAGAUCCAGAAGCUAUUUUCCGAGGACUUGUUGCUCUUGGAACUCUCAUUGCGUUAACAAAUAACGCUGAUGAUAAAAAUACAUUAGUCCAAUUAUUGAAGCACUCAGAAAAUACAAUCGCUCUAUUAAAAUCAUCAUCUAUAAGUAAAUCAAUGCUUGAUGCUCAUGGUAAAAUUUCAAAAUGUUCUAAACAAAUACUUGAUUUGAUUGUCUAACACUAGUACGUUUUAUAUAUUUAAAAAAUAAUAUUUUUUCAAUUUAUUAUUAUUGAUGACAAAUGUUGCUUUUAAUAUCAUUAAUAAUAAAAAUUUAAAACUGC